AGCAGCAAGCUGAAAAGACUCAAGUUUGGCUUUCUCUCCUCUCAUCACACUUGUUCAAGCUGUCUCGGGAGCUGGAGUUCGUGACUGAGUGCGGCGUCUGCUUGCAAAACUUUUGUGACUGGAGUUGGCUUGCAGGUGCAUUUACAGUGUGAUUGUUGCAUCGAGAGCUGUAUUAAUUUGAACUGUUCUGAAGUUCACCAACAACUUUAUUCACCAUGGCUUCGCCUCUCUUGUGCUUUCUUGCCGCUAUCCUGCCCGGCAUGAUAGCAGCACAAAAUACGUGGGUUCUUGGGACCAGCGAUGUAAGAACUGUAGAACCAGUCAACCCGGUCGGCGGUGGAGUUAGUCUUGGUGGAAUCGACAUUGACUCGACGGAAAGCAGAAUAAUUGUGCAAAAUACUGGAAUUGCUGUGCCGUUCGGACGUGAAAAAGCUAUUGACCCCAACUCGGAGCUGGUUAUAAAUGUUCAAGCUGGUGAUUCGUGCAGCAUCAAAGUGCUUCCCAGGCAGAGUGACCCUCUUUCUCAGAUUCCAGGCCGGCUUGUACCACCAAGUUUUCCCUGUGAUUUCUCACCCGGUGAAGUGAAAUAUGUGCACUUUGGUUCUCGUAAGCCCCAGACUGAUAAAGUCAAAUUGCAGCUGAGAUAUGACACUGCUACAGAUGUUUAUAUCAUCCCCUUCACAAUUGAUGUUCGCGUGGAAUCCAAGCAGCUCGAGAUUGUUACACGUAACGUGCCGCUUGAGGUCCAGGAUCUAAUGGGAACAAGUGAUGCUCUUGAUGCUGACAAGUUGGAGUUCGAAUUUGACAGUAAUACUGAGGUUUGCAAGGUGACAGUGCUGAGUUCAACUUCAGGACUUCCACGAUAUGGUGAGGUUAUGAACCAUGAUCAGCAAGGCCAGAUGAUUGAUUGUAAUGAUUUCUUGGAACUUGGUAUCCAGUAUCGUCACACUGCAGCAACAUCAUCCCCUCGUGAAGAUUACAUCCCUCUUGUUGUUGAGCUUCAGAACCAGCAAGGACAAGUGAUUAAGCAAGAAUACUUCCAGAGCAUGGUUAGGAUCGUUAAUGGGGCUGACAAUACCCCACCAAGUUUGGUUCUUUCCAGCAGUGACAUGAUGAUGGAGGUUGAUCAGUUUGUGAUGACUGCCAUCACCCCUACCAUUUUGGCAGCUGAGGAUAUUGAAACACCUGCUGACAUGCUCAUCUUUAACAUAACCUCACAAACCCUUGGGCCAGACGAUGGAAUGAUUGUGAGCACUGAUGACCGUAACCAGCCUAUCACUUCUUUCACCCAGAAGGACCUGAGAGAUCUGAAGAUUGCCUACAAGCCCCCUCCUAGAGACACAGAUGUCCAAACCAUCUACCAAAUUGAUUUGGAGAUCGUGGAUUCUGAAUUAGCUACUUCUGAAACUCAUUAUCUUUUGAUCUUUGUCAACCCAAAGAAUACCCUUGCACCAGUUGUAACAACCAACACAGGACUGGUGUUGUUUGAGGGUCAGUCACGUCCUCUUGUGGGUGGCCAAAAUCUUGGAAUUUCUGAUGAGGACAAUCUUCAGGAUGUGAUCAUUGCUCCUAUCAAUGGUUCAAGGUAUGGUGAACUCAGAAUUGGAAAUCAACGCAUCAAGCAAUUUACUAUUGCUGACCUCAUUGAAGGUGCUGUAACAUACCACCAUUAUGGAACAGACACUUACAGUGACAACAUAAUUUUCCGGAUGACUGAUGGCCAACAUGAAGUUGAAUUCCUCUUUCCCAUCACCAUUGCUCCUAUCGAUGAUGAGGCACCAAUCGUUGAUGUCAACACUGGAGUCACAGUGAACGAAAAUGAAGUAGUUGCCAUCACAAAUUUUGUCUUGAGUGCGACAGACAUCGAUUCUGAUGAUUCUGAAAUCCGCUUUGUUCUUGAGCAACCACUAUCUGACAUGGGCAACUUGUUUCUACGUCAAGUAAAUAUUCCAGAGGACCCUCAGAAUUGGAUUUCUCAGGACAAUUUUUAUGAGCGUGAAGUCACCGAAUUUACUCUUGAGGAUAUUCAGAAUGGACAUCUCUUUUACCAACAUGGUGGCAGUCACAAUGCAGACCCAGUCUUUGACAGAAUCCUUUUCAGAGUGGUUGAUAGUGCUGACCCGCAACCAAAUGAAUCACCUGUACAAGAAUUAUUAGUAAAAGUAAUGCCACAAGAUCUGCAGCCCCCUGAGAUGUUUGGUGGUACCACACUUCAGCUCUCUGUUGAUGAAUUCCAAAUCACUCCAAUCUUGAGGAAGAAUUUGAGGUUCACUGACAUGGAUAGCAAUGACAGGGAAUUGAAAUAUACCAUUGUCUCUCCUCUCACAGACUCUGAUCAAAAUAAUAAUCUUCCAGUUGGUGACAUUGUUCUCACUGAUGACCCAAAUACUCCAAUCAAUAUGUUCACUCAAGCCCAAAUUAAUCAUAUGAAAGUAUCGUACAAACCACCCAGUACAGAAUUAGGAAUUGCUCCACGUGCCAUUACCUUUUCAUUUGUUGUCCAGGAUACUCAAGGAAACAUGGGUAGUCCACAUAAUUUCAUCAUUCUGCUCCGCCCAGUUGAUAACCAACCACCAACAAUCACCAAUACAGGCGUCCAGGUGUUUGAACGGGGAACAGUUAUAAUUGACCAAACAAUGCUUGAUGCUACUGAUCCAGACACAGACAGAAAUUCUAUCCGUGUUGUACUUGUACAGCCUCCUGUAUUUGGAACCGUGAAUUUGAAUGAUAUUGCUCUGGAGAAAGGUGAUGAGUUUACUCUUGGUGACAUUGAGAAUUCUAGGGUGAAAUAUGUCAGUGGUGAUGCUGAAGAACAAAGUGAUGAGAUUCAUCUGGAGAUCACUGAUGGUGUCCAUGUUGUGCCUAUUGUAAUCCAUAUCAACGUAGCUCCUAUUGAUGACGAAGCACCAACCCUAGAUCUUCCACCAGGCACAAUUGGUUCUUUCCUUGAAGUGCAGGAGAAUUCCUUCAGCCUCAUCACAUCUAACAUUCUAAGUGCUUCUGAUCCUGACACUGAAGAUCUUCUUCUCACCUUCAUUGUGGACAGACAACCAACAGAGGGAAGGAUUGAGAGCAAUGGUGUUGUUGCUGAUGUUUUCACCCAGCAGGACAUUGUCAAUGGACUUGUUCGGUAUGUGCAUACUGGAGGAGAAAUUGGACCUUCUAAACGUGAUGACUCUUUCAACCUUACUCUCUCUGACAUGUCUCCUGACUGGAUUUUGGGAGGAAAUGAGAUUACCCAGGUAGAAGUCUAUGUAGCCAUCCUCCCUGUUGAUAACCUUGCUCCCAAUGUUACCAUGGGUGUUCAGUUCUAUGUUGAUGAAGCAGGCAAAGGGAACAUCAACAUGACUCAUCUCCAAGCUCCAGAUGUUGAUACUGAAGACGAUGACAUCUUGUGCACAAUAGUAGUUGCUCCAAGUAAUGGAUACCUCGAGAACAUUUCUCCCGCACCUGGUUCAGAGAAAUCUCGCGGAGGUAUGCCAAUCAGUGCCUUCAGCAUCAAAGAUCUACGCUUGAAUCACAUCAACUAUGUCCAGAGCAUUCAUCAGGGUAUUGAGCCAGAGGAGGAUCAAUUCACUUUCCGUUGUACUGAUGGAGUGAAUGAAUCACCAAAUUUCUUGUUCCCUAUCAACAUCAAUCCUGUCAAUGAUGAAGAACCCCAGGUUUAUGCUCGUGAGAUAAUCGUGGCUGAAGGAGGGCAACGGAUCAUCGAUCAACCUCUCCUCAGAGCUGAAGAUGGUGACAUCCCUGCUGAUGAGCUUCACUUUUUCAUUGUUACCCCACCUCAGCAUGGUACCAUCAUAUACUCCAGAAGUGGAGGUGACAUUCCAAUCCUGAACUUUACCAUGGAUCAAAUUGCUAAUGGCAAUGACAUCAAGUACGUCCAUGAUGAUUCUGAAACAACAGAGGAUUCUUUCACUGUCCUACUUACUGAUGGAAAGUAUGAAGUUACUAAGGAAAUCACCAUCACAAUUCUGGAGGUAGAUGACGAGACACCUCGUCUCACUAUCAAUGAUGGAAUUGAUAUUGAAAUUGGAGAAUCCAGAAUAAUCAGUAAUCGAAUCCUGAAAGCCACGGAUCUUGACUCUGCCGAUUCUAACCUCACCUACACAGUUCGCUAUGCACCUGAGAAAGGAUUAUUGCAGCGACUCAGCAAAUUUGAUGGCUCUGUAGUCGAGAACAUCACCCUUGGAAUGAAUUUCACUCAGUGGGAAGUAGACAACCAACGCAUCCGAUAUGUACAUACUGAUGGCGACGGUGGUCGGGACCUUAUCAAGUUUGACAUCACUGAUGGAACAAACCCACUCAUCGACAGGUACUUCUAUGUGACCGUUGACCAUAUUGACAAUGUCCAUCCAUCGAUCAUUAAUGCUGGUGUAACAAUGCAGGAAGGUAGCAGGGUCACUCUGACAACUAGCAUUAUCAGCACAAGUGAUCUUAACAGUCCUGAUGAGGAUCUUCUUUUCACCAUUACCACAGCUCCAACCAGAGGUCACCUCGAGAGCACAGACAAUCCAGGUAUGCCGAUCAACUCUUUCACUCAGCUUGAUCUUGCAGGAAGCAAGAUUUACUAUGUGCACACAGCUGAUGACGAGGUAAAAAUGGAUAGCUUCCAGUUCCAGGUCACAGAUGGUUUCAACACAGUGGUCCGCACUUUCCGCAUCUCUUUUACUGAUGUUGACAACAAAGAACCCGUCGUCCGUUACGAUACUAUCCGACUUCAGGAAGGAGACAACAAGCUCAUCACUCCAUUUGAACUUGGUAUUGAUGAUAGAGAUACUCCUGCUAAUGAGCUCCGCUUUACCAUCACCCAGCUUCCAAUCCAUGGUAACAUCUUGAGAAAUAACACUGCUCUUGUCACAGAGUUUACCAUGCAUGAUAUCAAUGAAAACCUGAUCAGCUACCAACAUGAUGGUUCUGAACAGACAGCCGACUCUUUCUCUUUCAUUGUGACUGAUGGCACCCACAAUGAGUUCUAUGUGCUUCCAGACAUCACAACUCUAACCCGGCAGCCGCAGCAGGUCCCAAUUGAGAUAGUACCAGUGGACAACGGAGCACCCCAGAUCGUUGUCAACCGUGGCGCUCCAACUCUUGAUCUUCUAGGGACUGGUGAACUUGGCUUCAUGAUUACCAACAAGUACCUUAUGUCUGAGGACCGGGACAGUGUGGACACCAGCUUGCUGUACGUGAUCACCACUCAACCCCAGCAUGGCUACAUCACUAACAUCGCUCUUGGAAACAUCUCCAUCACCAACUUCACUCAAAGUAAGUGCCAUGUGUGAUUGGUCUUGUUGCAAAAAAUUGUUUAUUCUUCUGAAUCUUUGAAUCCUCCCAUAAUCUUGUGCAGCUUUAGAAAAAAAAAUUGAAAAAAGUGAUAUUUGAUUUGUUUAAUCUAAGUAAAUUCUCAGAUUUCUAAAAGACAAAAGAAAAUGAAUUUCAGGAGAUUUCUGUCUCAUAUAAGAUUUCAAAUUAAGACAAAAAUAUGAAUGAAUUCCUUUAUUAGAAAAAAGCCUACAAUUAAUACAAAUUGACAAUUUUUGCAUCAUGAGAUGAUUUAUGUGGUUGUGUGGUGAUAUUUGGUUUAUUGCAUUUGAAAUGGCUGUGAUUUAUUGAUUGAAGGUGAUUCACUGUAUAUUUACAAAGUAUCUGUAUGUGCCAUAAAAUAAAGAUAACAUUUUGCAAAAUGCUUGCAAAGAAAUUUAAUAUCCAACAAUAAAAAUAAACGGCAUUAGGGAUGUACAAUAUUUUUAAUUUAAUCAUUGAAUUUGUUACAUGGCUCUAAAGGUAUAUUUUUGAGAAUUCUAAUUUGUUAAGAAAUAAAAUCUCAUACCUUAUCACCUUUUUUUAAUUUUGGGGAUUGUAUUAUAUUUCUAUUUUAAAGCCUUUUCCCAAAUUAUGAUUUUUCUAUUCUUAAUACAAAUUUUUUUGCUGAAUAGUAUCUUCAUUUUGUGGCACACUGAUAUUUCUAUCAUGUGUUCUUUAUUUUCACCCUAACCUAUUCCAAGAUACAAACUAACCGAUUGAUAGAUUGACAGAGAGGGUGAGUGAGAGAGAGGGAGGAAUAUGAAUGAGAAAGGUAAGCGGGAGGGGGAUGGUUAUCUGUAUGGCCAUUUGGACUCAUCUGUUGCCUUAUUAACUGCCUCUUGGGGAAAAGUAAAGGAACUUAUGGGUUUAUUUAGAUUUUCUUCUUGAAAUAUAUUUAUAAUUUUUAACUAUAAACUGACAUUACUUACCUCCUUUUUUGUUUUUCCUGUAGCUCCAUCAGCUAGUUAGUAGUACCCUUUUAGUUGAGUAUGUUACAUGUAGGCCAAUGUGUUAUGGUACCAAGCACCUGCAUCGUAUCAGUUUUUCAGGAGAAUGAUAUAUUAGUUUAACCUUGCUUUAAGUGUCUUCCCAAGAUUUCAGCAAAUAGAUUAUUAGCCAUGAGCAAACACUGAUCCCGAACCUUUGAUUUUGACAGCACAUCUAGGGAACAUUAAAUCAAGGUUAUACCAUGGAUAGUUAGAUAAUCUAUACAAGAUAAAGAAGUCUUCUAGUCAUGCAAUUUCCUUAUGAAAACAUCUAUUGUACAUUGAAGAAAUUGAAAAGCCUUAUUGUGAAUAUUGCACUAUUUGUGUUUACUGCAAAAUUUUGAAUUUAUCAAAAUUGCAUUUUGUUGAAGGCUAUGUUCGCUGCACACUGAUAUAAAUUAUAACUGACUAUAACUGUGUUCAGUCAUGAGUUGUGAUCUUUUACUUCAAUUUAUGAUAUAUCAGUGAAGUGCAAUGAUUUCUUUCAAAUUAGCCAAAAAGUGAAUGUGAAUUUCGUUGUUUUCAUCAUAAUUUUUGUAUCAGACUUUAAGCAUAUCUACUUCAUCUGAUUGUCUCAUCUGAAAAACACACAAAAAAUAUUUAUUUGUAAUGAAAUUGCACGACUAGUUUUCUAAAUUGCACACUAAUAUUUGAUAUUUAAUUGGGUUUUGCAGACCACACAUUUGAAAACGGCAAUAUAAUUGAUUUAAAAACUUUUUAGCUUGAAUUGGUCAUUUCAGUGAUCCAACUUCAGAUAUUUGAUCAUAUUACAUCUUAGGGAUCCCCAUAGAAGAAUUGAAUAGUUAUUAUUCAAGAUCAAAUUUGUUUCAAAGCGCAGGUUGUUCGCCUUCCAAAUCUUUAAACUUGGCUGAAUAUGCCUGUUGGACUCUUCAAAAAUAUAAUAAGCGAUUCAAAGAUUCCAUCUCCUUUCCAUUUCAUUGUGUGCCAAGUCAUAUUAUGAAGGGGUUUAAGAAGUCUGGGGUGGUGUCUUGCUCUAGAUAUUACAUGUAGGUGGUGCUGCACCAUCCUGAGUUUGCUCAAUCUCGAGAUUUUAGCCCGAUCGGCCCUCUUCGCGAUUAAUCUAGAGAUUCAAGAAACCCCGUCUCCACCAGAAGAGCGAUUCCUGCUCGAGCGAGGCAUUGAUGCAUUAUGGUCUGAUGCCGUGAAUAAAUAAUCCCGAUUGCAUCUGCACCUACGAAUUAGCGCGAUAAAUCGUAAAAUAGCGUGCUAUUUUGCAAAUAAUCCCAAGUUGACUUGGGAUUGCAAUCUCAAGAUUAAUCCUACGAACUGCCAUGAUAAUUACGUCUCCAUUGCAAAUAGUCUCGAGAUUGUUCAGAUCAGGAUAACAUGUCGGAUCAGAAAUAGCGCGCUAAUUUGAAAUUUGAUGGUGCAGACAGCCCUAUUGAGAUAAAAGUAAUUCUAAAGAUUGUGAUUGGGAUUAGGAUUGUGAUCAUUGUACCAUUGAUUUUUCAAUUAGGCAAUGUCCAUUAUUCAAAGGGACAGUCGUUUGGGGAUUAUAACCAAAAUCAGCAGUUUCAUCAAGGAACUGUGAAGAUGGUAUUUAGGAAGGAUUUGGGUUUAGUUGUGUUUGUAAACAUCUUUAGUGAAACUUGGACUUGGGGGAGAUUAGAAAUUUCAAUUGGAUUGAUUAAUAGUGCUAAAUCACAACGGCUUUUGAAAUUAGUAACCACUUGAUAAUGAUUCUGGUUGGAGCCAUGCUAUGAAAGUGAUAGUGGCUGUCUGUAUUUUACUUUAAAAACUGAAAUAAAAGUUGUUUAGUUAAUCCACUAGAGGAGAUUCAUUGAAUAAGAAGACAUGUCUUUAGUGUGGUAGAACAGUGGGUCCCAAAACUUUUGAGUGGAAUCAAAUCCACAAGCUAGUGUCUUCUGAUAAAACAUUAAUCCUCCAGGAGAAGAUCCAAGGAGAAGAUCAAACCUCUCAGUCCACUGGACACUUACCAUUGACUACCUCACUCUUUAAGAGGCAUUACCAUGGAACAUCAUUGAUACAAUUGAGUUAUCGAGAAGCAUUCACAGAAUCUUAUUAAUCCCAUUGAAUGAUUCAGGGCCUAUUACAUUCAGUAUCAUUUGUUUUUAUUUAAUUUCAUUGGGUAUGAUAUAAAAAAAACUUGAGCAAACU